CUUUGUCUGUGCAUUGAUCGUCGACAUGACAAGCGGCGACUCUCAACUAGCUCUCCCCUGGGCGAUAUGACGCCCAAUAACAAAUAGCCACUGCGAUCCUUAGUCAAUUGAUACAUUAAUUGGGCAUUGUGGUUUAGAGGGCCUAAGAAUGGCUCUCGAUAGAACAGAAAGUGUAACGGUGGUCGGCGCUGGAGCUUGGGGAUUGUCCACGGCGCUUCAUCUGAUCAACGCAGGAUACACCGACGUGACUGUCUUCGAUCGGGCAUCUGAGAUACCUUCACCGUACUCUGGGGCUUAUGACUUGAACAAGAUCAUUCGAGCUGAAUAUGAAGACGACUUCUACACUGAAUUUGCAUUAGAAGCCAUUAAACGCUGGAAGACUCCCUUCUGGGGGGCGAACUUUCAUCAGGUGGGCUAUGUGCUCGCCACUUCCAGCGCAGCGCCAGAAAAAGCGGUCAACCACCUGCAAAAAGCGCUUCUUUCUGUGAAGGAUCAUCCCGUGUUUGCUCCGGGUAUCGUGCCCCUGAGUGGCCACGACGACUUUCGAAACAUAUAUUGGCAGUUUCCUGGCCCUAUGACGGGCUUCAAUGGGUAUUUCAACCGUCUCGCUGGUUAUGCACAUUCUUCCAACACAAUGGCAGACAUCUACAGGCAUCUAAGCGGCAGGGGGAUCAAAUUCGUUCUUGGACCAAAGGAGGGCGAGGUGGUGAAGCUCCUCUACAGCACUACCAGAGACCUCGCUCAGCGGCGCUGCACAGGGGUACAAUUACAGAGCGGAAAGGUUUAUCAAGCUCGACGUACCAUUCUAUGCCUUGGAGCGUGGGCUUCGACGUUGAUCCCAGACAUCGGCUCCUUCGUCGUUGCCAAAUGCUGGUCCGUGGCCCAUGUCCGCCUGACUGAGCGAGAGUGCGACUACCUUCGAGGAAUCCCCGUACUCAACGUACGGGACCUGGGGUUCUUUUUUGAGCCUGACCCAGCCACUAAGCUGCUUAAACUGUGUCCUUUGGGCGCCGGGUACGUCAAUACAGACAAGAGCACGGGCACCUCAUUACCCCCUUCAGAGUCAUUAGAAACGCCUACAAAUUACAUCCCGGCAUCCGAUGAGGAGAAACUGAGGCGGCUUUUGAGAGAGACAUUGCCGUGGUUGGCGGACCGACCAUUUGUUGAACAAAAAAUGUGCUGGUUUGCGGACACCUCCGACUCUGACUACUGUGUUGAUUUCGUACCCAAUACCGGGGACUCUCUGGUUGUCUUGUCCGGAGACUCAGGACACGGUUUCAAGAUGAUGCCAAUUGUCGGCGAGUGGGUUGUGAGACUCUUAGCAGAUGGUAAGCAAGACCUCUCUAGAUGGCGUUGGAAGCAGGUUGAAGGAAACGGCGGAAAGGAGUGGGGUGACGAUGUGAGCUGGAGGAUUGGGACUACCAAGGAGAUCGAUGAGAUCGCUGAAGAGCAGGACAGGAUGAUGAAAGCACGCUUGUAAUCGUAACACCUAUUGCAUCAAGAUUGACAAAUGGCUGAAAGUGCUAUACUCAUGAUAUUCGUCCAGUGCUCGAAAAUCGAUCCCAAUCUCGAUGCAUUUGUAUCACAUCCUCUCACAAACGCGCGGUUGCUACGUCCCUCGAGGAAGAGCGGCGUCAGGUACAGUAAUUAGACUGUGGUGGUUGUAGAGGAGAGUGCGCCUAUAAC